AUAACCGGAAAGUUAAUUGAUGUAUGGCAGUACCGCCAAAUAUGACGGUUACACAUUUAUUACCGUGCAGUUAUAAUUUUGUCGCUACUGCUAACUAAUUUGUAACCCAUUUAAAUUUAUAACAAAAAUCAUACCGUCAGUAUGAAUUUUUUUUACCAAGUCAGUAACUAGCCUAACCAGAUUCAUAACAGGGUCGAUACCAAUUCUUCAUGUUGUGGUUAUAAUCACAACCGUAACUUUUCCUUGGUGAAAUGACGGUUGAAAAUCUAGAAAUUAACCGUUUCAGGAGGAAUCCAUACGUAUAUGUACUCUAUUAUUAGUCGUACGUCGUCUGUACGCAGGGUUCGGAAUAUCUCUGUGUUUUAUUCAAAGAUUUAUCGACCCAUGGACUUUCUUGGAUUUUACGCAACAUAAUCAUAUGCAUAAGUUUCCUACCCAUGACAGGCGAGUAAUUGAAAUUAUGCAAAUGUAUAACAAUUACAUAUGGGAAAAUUUUGUCAGGCAAUGCCUUUUAAGUAACUACAAUUGUGUACUAGUAGUAAGAUUCUGCUCCUUCGUGCGUACCUUGUGAACUUUAAAGUAUGAACUAUCCACAACUUGAUAAAUUGUGAAUAUCAAUUUAAAAUACUUUUGAUAGGAUAAAUUUUGCUUAAAUUGCAGUUAACGAGGUUAUACACAAGUACGCACAUAUAGUGAUUUAGGUUACGACUUAGCAAUAAUUAUGUAAAAUAUGCGUGAUAUUUGAAUGAGGAAAAGGUGCGCAUAUUUAUUUUCACAUCAACAACUUUACUUCUUCACUUAUCGCAUGGUCGACGCUUCAAAAAAUUCCUAUUAUGGACAAGCAACACUUCAGAAGUACGUAAUAUCCCAAAAAUUCCCAAAAAAAUUCGCCUUAACUUUAUAAAGUUUUAAAUAGUGUCAUAAGUUUUAGCGUAAUGUUUGAUCUUCGCGUAUCAGUUGUCCGAUUUCUGAUAUUUUUCUUUCAAUCUGUUUUUCAUCAAAUUUCUCGCAAAAUUUGUGGUCCCCCAAAAAGAAGAGAGGAUGACGCGAGAGGUAAAGUUGUCGUGGUUACGGGUGCGAAUGCUGGGCUUGGAAAAUGCGUAGCCAUGGAGAUGGCAAAAAGGGGUGCUGUUGUAAUUAUGACAUGUCGAGAUGUAAACAAGGGAAUCCAGGCUCAAAAUGAGAUUCAAAGCUCGACUGGUUCUGACAAAAUAACUUUGGUCGAAUUAAAUUUAGCCGAUAUCUCAUCCGUGAAGCGAUGUGCAAAUCAAAUUUCUUCAAGACAUUCCAAAGUUGACAUUCUAAUAAAUAAUGCUGGAAUUGCUCUUAACUCUCCAUCGACACAAUUAACCAAGGAAGGAAAUGAGUUACAUUUUGCGACAAAUCAUUUAGGUCACUUUCUCCUAACUAAGCUGCUUCUGGAUAGAAUAAAAAAUUCUGAGGCCGGCAGAAUCGUGAACGUUUCCAGUUCAGGAUUUAUCAUGGCAAAUUUUUCCAUAAAAGAUUUACGCAUGUCAAAGUUGGGCCUGGGACUUGGAACUUUUGCACCAUACUGUAACUCGAAACUUGCCAAUGUUUUAUUUACUAAAGAACUCUCUAAACGACUGGCUGACACGCGUGUGAAAACUUUCUCCGUCUGUCCUGGACUGGUAAACACGAAUCUUGCAAAUGGUUACUACGCCAAUGAGAACCUUCAGCAUUACCUUAUUAAAGGUUCACUGGGAUGUAUUGGAUUAUCUGGCGAAGAUGGGGCCGACGGAAUUUUACAUUGCGCAUUAGCCAAAGGAAUUGAGGACACGUCGGGGGAAAUGUAUCGUUUCGGAAGAUUAAUGAAUUUCGAUCAAGAAUUGACUUCAGUUUGUGGCAUGCCAACAGAUUCUGUAGCAGAAAAAUUAUGGCAGAAGAGUGAGAAACUGUUAGAUUUAAAACAAUUGCAUUGAAUAAAUCCGUACCAUAAUUUGUCAUCACAUGGCAAAAAAUGUCUUCUACGAAAUUCA